ACGAAAGAAGCUUGAAGUUGAAUUGCAUUACCUUCACGAUGAGCGAGACUCGACCGGUGCCAAGGAGAGAGAGCCCAUGGGGGAGGCCAGAGGGAGAUAAUCGUGAACCUAAGGCCCAUCGCUGCAAUGACCGAGCCGAGGACGUCAUCCAAGCUUGUUUUGAGGGCAACCCAUUUAAGACAGUUCCAGGGCCAUUUAAGCUCUUCUGGCAGUGCAUGCGAUCCAAGCCUGGGGAGGAACCAACAGAGCCAUAUACAUAUUUGCAGCUGGAUCCCCCGACUAGAGAGGUGAAACUGGAGUAAAACCACCUUGGCUUCGUAAACAAUUUCGUUUUUAGGUUGGCUUGUCACAAAAUUUCCAAUUUUUGUUAUCUCUUGUCCAAAUAAUAUAAUGUUGGAGUGCCGCUAAGAUUAUAGCUUCAUAUGCUCUAACUAUACCGACAGUUGAACUCAGCAGCUUAUUUGAUCUCUAUUUGAACCACCAACUUAAAGUUGUCUUCUAUUACAUGAGUGUCAUGGUUGUUUUUCUCUUCCCUAUAACUGGAUCUCCCAUUCAAACGCUUUGGGAGCUUUAUCUGAUAACCAUAUAUUCAUAUUGAAUGGCACGUGUUCUGUCUGUUUGUUAAGAGAGUCUGUUAGAGUGUUAAGAGAAUCUAUUAGUUUGUUAAGAGAGUCUGUUAGUUUACCAUAUAAGUACUAUUCCAUUGUAAUAAUUCUCAACAAUAAUCAAUACAAAGCCUUAUAUUCUCAGA